AUGUCCUCAAUACUUUCAGCAUCAUCUCAAACCCUUGAAUAUGCUCCGCAAACCCUUCAUCUUGUUGCAUUCGGCAUCGGAGAUAUAGCGCAUUGGGCGCUAUUUAUUCCCAACAGAACGGCUGACCCUACCGGAACCCUUGUGCACAUCGGGAUAGAAGGCAAUGACGCGAAGUCUGGCGGAGGUGAGGCUGAGCUACUUAUCAACCAGUUCCAACUCUCGCGCAGCUCUGCAAAGAGUGUUGUGCCUCUUGUAGGCUCACGUGCAACACGCGGGGAAGUUGAGGAUGCGGCGAGAGCAUGCUUUGAGAGUUUCGAUUACAAUAUCCUUCUCGACAACUGUCAGACUUUCACUAUUGAUGUCUUGACAGAAUUGCGACGAAGAUUGCCCUCUCAGAUCCAGCAAGCUUCGAUCAAUCUUAUCCGGGAACAAUACGGAACAACACCAGUUAAAAUCCAGCAAUUUCUCGACCGACACAAACAACAACAAAACACUGAAGGACAUCAACCUGAGUCUUCAGAGCCACGAUUUUCCCUUGAUUAA